AUGCACGUGGCAGCAUGUGCUCAUCGCGCACAAAUUCCGGAGUCCCAGUUUGUGUCUCCGUCCGUGUCAUCUUGGGCUUUUCGGUCUCCAGCUCGCCGAGAACAAGUCCCUCCACGACGUGUGAGGCUGGCAACAGGAGGGGAGACCCUUCAAGCAGCAGAGGCUGCGGGGCUAGGGGCGCUCCUGCUUCUUGUAGCACGGCGCCUAUCUUUGCGACGGCGACAUCGUCGACAUCAAGAUUUGCUGGAGGUUGUUCUUCGUGGGAGUUCUGCAUGGUUGCGGUCAACAGGUCGUGAGGCUCCGGACCUGCGGCCCCUUGCGUCCUUCGGAGCCGAAGUGCGAGGCUUCGAUCUCAGCUCUCCGGAUUUGCCUUCCGGGAAGCUGCGCACAUUGCUUUGUGAGCAUGGCCUCCUGCUGUUUCGUGAUCAGGACUUGCUGGAGGAGGAUGUCCUCCGUGUCGCUUCAGCUUUUGCAGAACCCGUCCCCGCUGCCGGCCAGCAACGUGCGCUGGCCACGUACCGUGUUUGCAACCGAGAUCCUGCUCCGAGAGGACAGGAUUUCUGGCAUUCCGACAACUCCUACGCGCCAGAGCCCGGGGGCCCGACUUUGCUGUAUGCCCUGGAUAUCCCGGUCGGGCCCCAGGGCCCUCUGGGUGAUACCCUCUUUGCCGACGCCGGGGUGCCCCUCGCAGCGGAGCUUCGUGGCCGGGUGCAGGGACUCCGCGCGGGUCACAACUUGGCUCACAACGGUGGUGUACCUCUGCCAGAGAUGGCCGCAGGCGGUUGGCAGCCUGCUCCGGAUAUCUCGCACGAUGUGCUUCGCUCCCAUCCCCUCAGUGGCAGGGAGGUUGUGUUCGUGAACGAGGCCUACGUCUCUCGCAUUGAGGGCCUUGCGGAGGAGGAGUCAAAGCAACUUCUCGCAGAUCUGCAGGAGCACGUGCUGCAGAGCACCUACUGCCACCGCUGGCGGACAGAUGAUCUUCUGGUGUGGGACAACCACCGCCUGCAGCACAAGGCCACCACCAUUUCGCUCCCAGCCGGCGCGGAGCGAGUCAUGUGGCGCGUGCAGACUCGCGGCCCGGGAAAGCCUGCGGAGAACAAUACUAGGCUCUUGGAAGUUUAA